AUGGAUAGUGCCCACUCUUAUAACGACGUUGACGUCCUCUUCUCCGUUGAUCUGAGCACCAGCAGUUCGACGAUGCAGCGUGUCAAGACCACAGUUCUAGAUGCUUUGAUGAGCUUCCUACCAUCCGGGGCAGAAGAGGAGUUCUCCAUGAUAACGGCGGCCGCCUCACCACCACUUAUAGUUGCCCCGGCCUCGAAUUUGCCCUUGGCUACUGCAGGAUUCCAGCUACAUCCGAGUCUGGCUGAAGCAGAAUUGAAUGAGCCCACUAUCACAGUGACCAAUGAAGAAGGAGGAGGUGAGCACUGUUACGGCGACAUCAGGAAAUACGAAGAAGAGGAGGAUCCACUGUCAAUUGGAAGGCUGAAAGAUGAGCAAAAUGGAGAUGAGGAGGCUGCUCAGCUGAAAGAUACAAAGAAUAAUGGGUGCAACCUGGGCGAGGAGGAGAAAGAGGUAAAACUAGGAAAAGAAAUGACAGUGCUGGGCCUGGCUUCAGACAUCGAUGCCGGUCCCUCCCUACGGUCUCACGAUGUCUCUUGUCCGCCUGUCAAGCUCAUAUUGGCUCGAGCUUUGCGCUCCAAUUCUUGCAAUGAUCUCCUCCUGGCGGCUGCUUCUGCUGUCGUCGAGGACGGCGUGAUACGAGGGCCAGCAAAAUCUUAUGAAUCCACGGACACAUCAGGAAACCCUCACUCUCGACCCGAUCCGGCGACAGUGCGGCAAAUGGUCAGCCACAUUGCGGAGGCCAAAUGGCGCUCAGCAUCGCCGCUCUCCUGUCAAGUAUCUGAUGCAUCUGCCGCCAGUUUGCCGGUCCCGGCCGCCUCAACUUCCAGCGUACCAACUGGCCGUAUCAACUACGCACCCUUUCGCAAUUCCACGUCUGAUCCCAAUUCAUCGCUCGCUGCUGGCCGCGUUUUCGCCUCAGCAGAGGCUACACCAUCAAGUCGAUCGGUUGCCGGCGGCUCGAAGAGUCAUGGUUCCGGCCUUGGCCGACUGGGAAAGGCGUUAUGCUACAGUGUCUCGUGUUUGGCCUCCCCCUCGGCUGAACAAGGCCUGCCACAGAUUCCUGGCGAGAGGGGCAUUCAGCUGAAGAGUGUUCAG